AGUAAUGGGAAAGCAGUUUCCUAUAAUUUCUUGCAGUACCAGAAAAGGUCCCCUAGAAAACUAGUCCACCGUUUGAAAGGGUUUUUCUUGGGUUUUGCCCCCCAAACAUUCCUAUCUCUUCUACUGAUUUUCCUACACUUUCUCUCCACUUUUUCUUACCUUACUUGAAUUUAGAUCCCACCUUUUCCACUGCUUUUUUUUUUUUCUUUCAAGUUUUUACGACAAGCUUCCUCUGUUAUUCUUUCUUUCUUUCUUUAUUUUUUUUUUUUUUUGUUCUUUGAAUCAAACCAUUUCACAUACUCUUCAAACCUCCACAAAACCCUGAAAGUUUUUGCAUUUUUCAGGAUCAAAACACAACGCGAAUUUGACAACUUUUUCAAGCACCCAUCUUUCUUACAUAUUCUUUUCCGUUCUUCCAAACAGAACAGAAAAAGUUUCAAGCUUGUUUCUGGGUUCGUUCACAUGUCUACACCGAUAGACCCACUUCAACAGCAACAGUCACCGCCUGGGGGUCUGACCCAGCAAGCUUACACAGCCCAUUCCGGUCACGGGUCGGUCGGACCCGUCAUCGCCGUUCUUGCAGUGAUCACCAUUCUCGGCGUUAUCGCCGGCAUGAUUGGAAGGCUCUGUUCAGGUCGGAGAAUCAUGGGUCACGGCCAGUACGACGUCGAAGGUUGGGUCGAGAGGAAGUGCUCGUCCUGUAUCGACGGCCGAGUCGACCCACCUCCGAGGCCGCCACCGGCGCCCACCAGUUACAGCCCCGGCGAGUCGGCUCCUCCAGCAGAUUCAUCAGAGACAGCGCAAGAGAUAAAGCAGGAAGAACAGUCUCAUCAACCCCCACCUGAAACUGCUCAAUCUUGAAGUCUUUAGGUGGGCAGAGGCACUGGGCACCAACAACACAUGAGAUCAAAAGUGCUGAUUGACAGCUCCUUGAUGAAUCACCACUGCACCACUACCACCACCCUAAAGCCUCCAUUUUCAGUCUCCAAUCCUAUACAAAAGGCUUGGUGGGUGCAACUUUUGGUCCACUUUUUUUUUUCCUUUUUUGAUUUAUUUUUGAGGAUUUUUUUUUUUUUUAAUGAGAAAGAAAAAAUUGAGGGGAAAUUGUGAUUUGGUGGAGUGGAAAAUGGGGUUUUUGUGGGAGGGUCAGAUCACGUGGCUCAAGAGGCAUGUAGAGGGGAAAACCACGUGAUGGGAGCAGCUUUUGUCUGAGGCACUCUCCCCAGGACUGUCCCUUGUGUAGAAGGUGUACUGGGUUUUUUUGGGACUUUCUUGUUUGGAGUUCCUCUCUCCAUACAGUGUCAGUAAAGCUGUUCAACUAAUCCUUUUAACUUUUUCUCUAAACUACAAUUUUUUUAAAUAAAUUAAAAUAUUUUUUUUUUGGAUUUGUUUAGCUAAAUGAACAUAUAUAUAUAUAUAUAUAUAUAUAUAUGCUUUUUUAUUUUUUUAUUUUUUUUAUUUUUAAAAUUUAAAAUUAAUAAGAAUUUUUAUAUUAGAUAGAAGAAUUCUCGUCUUAUCUUGAAAAAGUAAAAUACAAAUUCCUAUUGUAAAAUUUUUAAUUUUUAAAAUUUUUGAAUAAGGGUCUUUUUUUUUAAAAAAAAAAAAAAGGUUUAUAUUUUAUGUUUUUUUUUAAAUAAAGAUCAUUUUUUAGUAUUUGUUUUUCUUUGAUCGUUUUUUAAUUAAAUAAUCUUUAUUUUUAUUCAAUGAGUUUGUUCAAAGAAGAGGAUAAAAAAACGAGUGAUUAAUCAAUUUAGAGUUGUUUGAGAGUAUUUUUCAAAAGCACUUUUAGAAUAAAAAUUAUUUUUGAAAAAAAAAAUAUUUGACAAAAAUUAGAAAACAUUUUUAAAAUUUUGAAAAAUGAUAUAUAAUGUUUUAUGGGAAAACAUAUUUAUUUGAUGGUGUUUUUAAAAAACACUUUUUACUUAAAAAAUAUUUUUAAAGAAAAAUUAGGUGUUGAACAAAACUUAGAAAAUAUUUUAAAAUUUUUCAAAAAUUAUUUUUAGUAUUAAUUUAUGGAAAAAAUGAUUUCGUAAACACUCUGAAAUAAUCUCUUAAAGUUAAAAUCAUCAUAAGUUAAAAUUAAAGUCAAAGUCAUAACCUUUAUGUAAAAGUUUUUUAGAUACGAAAGAAUUUAUUACAAGAAUCAAGAUAAAGCUUUUAUAAAAAGUAAUGUUUUCCUUUAUAUUAAUUUUUUUUUAAAUCAUAAACCCAUGACAAAAAUUAUUAAAUAUAUAAGUUUUUACCGAACUUUAAAAAAAUUUUGCCUUAUCAAAAGUCGAUAUGAAUAUAUCCUAAAUGUUUUAUUCCAUUAGCUUUCUAAAAAAUCUUUUUGUGUAUAUGUUCAUUUCUUUUGACUUUAAUUAUAUCUGUUUGGAUUUGAAUUUUGUUAUUUCUAGUCUUUAUUCCUUUUUUUUUUUUCACUUUUAUUCAAUAAUCCUGAUUUAACUACAUGGUUUAAUCAUAUGAAGAUGGAUUUAGGUGGGCUUGAUCCUAGCUCCAAGUGUAUGAAGAUGGGUUGGGCUUGAACUGGUUGUGGUUGUGCUGCUAUUGAUACUGGGCCUCCACUUUAAACUAGUAUUAGCCUCUAAGCCCGCUUGAAGUUGGGCCUAGCUCAUAUAUUUGAGGGUUUGACCAACCUAAAUAUAUUGGGUCCUAUUGAAAAAUAAUGUAAUCCCAUUGGGAAAUUGUCACUAGAGGAAAGAGUACCUUGUCUUUCUCAAUCGUGUGAUAAAGUUUUAAAGAUACUAUUUUAAAUA